AAAUCAACAAAGCAGACCAAGAUGAAGGGCCUCCACAGCACAUUGUUUACACUUACCAUCCCGACCUUCUUUGGCCUCUUCAACCCUGCCGAGUCCGCCAAAGUUCCGCCGGCCGCCAACCGUGCCCCAGCCAGGCAUGUCUUUUCCGACGCCUGUUACCAGUGGAACAUCCAGACUUCGUGGUCUAUUCUGGCCUGGUGUCAGAAUGAUGAGGGCCAGUACGGCAAGACCAUCAUUUCCAUGGAUGACGCCCUCGCCAAUGACUACGGAGUGCUCGUGGCCAAAUACAAGGGAGACCUCAGUUACUCCUGUGCCACCUGCGGGCCUGGCACAACUUGGGGCAUGGUGACCUGCUUGUGUGGGAAUGGAAAAGGCGUGGACGUCUAUAGCUCGAUUGACCUUGACGAUGCCCUCGAGGUCUAUCAUGGCAUCCUAUUCCCCAAAAUGCCCACCAUGCCUGAAUCCACCGAUUACGACCCCGACAUCGCUCCUCGAGGCCGCCGCAGAAACUCGGUCGCCCCUGAGCCGGCCCAUACGGAUGUCCCAACCCCCGAAGGAGGAAACCCCAAGCAUCAGCCUCGUGGUUAG